CACGAAUUCAAACUAAACAGCUACGCUUCAUAAAAGUUGGUGUCGAAGGAGGCGGAAAGACUUUAGAUAAUAACGUUUUAUUUUUAUUUUAGAGCAUCCAGAGUUGGAUCGUAUACUUGAAGAAAGAUUCAAAUUUAUACCUUUUUGAAAUGAAAUUGUAGCCAUGAGUACUACUGUAGAACGCAAGUUUACAACACUCCGCAAACGUCUUGACCAGCUUGGUUAUCGUCAUCCACUGGGAAUUGAAUCAUUACCGUUAGUGGAGCGACUUUUCAGUGACUUGGUACAUACCACAGAAAGCCUCAAGAAUGCCAAGUUACAGGCGAGUAAGUCAGUUGAACAGACUGGUGACUGGGAGGUUGCUGUGGAACCCUAUCGCAGUGAUAAUGCCAAACUAGUGAAAGAAAACAAUGAGUUGCAUCUGCAACUUAUAAAAACCAAAGAAGAAGCGGAGUCUUCCAUCAAAGAUUUGAAAACAACUAUCAGACGCAUAGAACAUGAAAAUGCUGAUUUACGUUUUUUGAACACUCAAUAUAUUCAUAAAGUCAGAGCGGUUGAAAAGGAAUCAAAAUUAAAAACUGAUAGGAUAAAUGAAUUACAGGAAAAGAACUUCCACGCUGUUGUACAAACUCCUGGGGGGCGUAAGCGUAACAUUCCAUUCCGUCGCCAGCGUAUGGAAAUAGACGGCACAGUUCCAGCGACUGAUAGCACGCUACUGUCAUCAACUCAAUCGCAAGGUGAAGAUCCGUACGUGGCAGAUCUUAUCCGGGUAGCUGACACUAGAAUUGACGCUUUGCAGAAAGAUGUUGAUAAGCUAAAAAUAGAAGAUGAGAAGUCGAAACGGACCGUCAGAAGUCUUAAGAAACAGGUGGAUGCUCGAGAUCAAGAGAUUGAUCGUCUGAACAGACAGUUAGAAGGUGGAAGACCGUACGAUGUAGUUUCUACUGAGUCUAAAAACAGGGGCAAUGAGAGACUCAUAUCCCAUCUCAAUACUCAGAUUGAUUACCUACAACAAGCAAACCGUGACUUGGAGAAAAGACUGAAAGAUACAAUCCAAGAUAAACAUGAUGCAAAUAUUAAAGUGAGAUCAUUGUCAUCUAAAAACGAAGAACUCAUCUCUGAAAUGAAAGAUAUUGAUCGGCUCGCUAAGCAAUUACAGACCGAUAAAGAUGUUGCUAUCACCGCAGCCGACAGGGAUGUCACCGAAGUUCAGAAGGAACUGCAGCAGUCCACAAGGGAAGCCGACUCAUUGGAGUUAGAACUUCAACAGCUAAGAGUGGAACACAAGAAUAUAAUUAUGGAUAAGGAGCAGCUAGCGUCAGAAGCAUCCAUUAGAAAACAAGAAAUUCACCAACUGAAAGACCUUUUAGACCGUGUACAGGAGGACAAGAGGAGACUCAGUGACAAAGUCAACAAACUUACCUCAAAUGAACGUGAAUUGGUGCUAGAACUAGAGAGACUUCGUCUGUCUCCGACGAAGCGCAGUAAAUCACCUUCCAGAGUAGAAGGUAUUAUGCGUAAACUGGAAGAAGAACGGGACUACUUUAAAGGAGAAGUCGAAGUUCUGCAAAAAAUUUUGAAAGAUAGAAGUCUGUCUUCCUCGACUAGAAGUAGAAGUCGUAGUCGUAGCCCCACGAAAGGGUCGCCAAGUAAACGUUCUACCUCAAGUAGUCCUAGUAGGGCUAAGUCGCCUUCUAGGUGCAGGGGUUCUGCUCAUUACGAAACUAUCAUAAGGGUAUUGGAAGAUGAAAGAGAUUUUUAUAAGAGAGAAUAUGAGUUACUGAGAGCAUUGCGUAUUAGAUCAUCCAGCCCUUCCAGAUUUGGAUCUCUAACACCUACCAGAGACAGAAGCAUUGAUGAAGACACAGAGCUGUACAGGCUUAAACGUGAAAGGGAUGAAUUGCAGGUGUUGUUGGAUAAAUUUGAAAGGCAUAUGUCAGAGAUUCAAAGCAAUGUUAAAGUGUUGACAGCAGACAGAGAUAAGACUAAUAUGCUGUAUGAACAGGCCAAUGAUGAAUUACAGAGGUUUCGACGUGAAGUAAUGAAAUCUCCCAAAUCACCACGCGCUUCUUUAGCAGCACAGUCUAUUCUUAGAAGAAUAGAACAUGAAAGAGAUGAAACAUUGGCAGAUUUGAGACGUAUGACUACAGAGAGAGAUUCUCUAAGGGAAAGACUUAAGAUUGCGACUGAAACACAGCUGCGUGACCGAGCCAGAAUUGAACAAAGACUGGAAGACUUGGAAAAUGCAGUACGCAAUACUGAACAAGAGAGAAGUGAGCUGCAGUCUAGAGUAACCAGUAUGAGAGAAAUGAUUGCCACAUUGGAAGAUCAAAUUAAGAGUCAGCAAUUGAAGAUAUCAGAGGCCAACGAGGACUGUGCACAACAUAGAGCUACAGCAACUCAGAUGAGAUUACUAGCAGAACAAGCUGAGAGAUCAUUAGAAGAUCACCAAAGGAGACUAAACAAAAAAUCAGGGGAACUACAAGCUUCUCAGGAAUUGUCAGACAGGUUAGAGAAGAAAUUAGGUGAAGUUAGCGAUUCUAACUCUGCAAACAGAGGAGAGAUUGCCCAGCUACGAGGUACCAUAGCAUCACUAGACAGAGAAAAGGAUAUUCUUCAAGUGACUGUAGAUGAAAAAACUGAGAAAAUAGUAGCAUUGGAAACUGAAUUACUAGAUAGGGAGGCAAUGGUCAAUGAAAUGAGAAUGUCUUUGUCUGAUUUAGAUGGCAAAUUAGGGCAGUACAGUGAUGAGGUGACUAGCAAAGAGAGGGAGGUGAGAAGUCUACGCAGACAGUUAGAUGGUUUACAUGAAGAACUCACAGAGACAGGCAGGGGUAGAGAAGUUGCACUGAGAGAAAACCGUAGACAACAAGAUGACCUGUCUACAAUGACUAGAGAAAAUCAAACGCUGAAUCAGGAAUUAGAAGAAGCCAUUAGAGAUAGAGAAACCCUAAAGGUACAAAUCCAGGAUUAUAUCAGUGAAGUAUCAAGAAUUGAAGAACUACUGGCAGCAAAGGAACAAGAAAACAGAGACUUAUUGGAUAAUUAUCGUCAGGCGACAUCUGAAGCAGAAAGAUGGGAGUCGGAGGCUACACACAGGGAAGGAGAGGCAUCAAGUGUCAGGCUGGAACUCAUGACAAAAGACUCUGAACUCAGGAGAUACAGAGACAGACUUGAUCAACAAGACCAAGAGAUCCAGCAGCAUAUGGCAGCUCAACAAGCCUAUGAAAUGCAGGUGUCUUCCCUUACCAAGUCUUUGUCAAUCAUGGAAGAAAACCUCAGACAGUCGCAGGAAGAGAAGGAGGCAAUAUUGCUAGACUUGUCAUCAGUCAGGGAGUUAUGUGUAAAGUUAGAAAACACCAAAGAAUCUUUAUCAAGGCAACUCACUGCUAAAAACAUUGAGUCCGACCAGAUUGUGAACCAAACUGAUGUCUUACAACGUGAAGUAGAGAGUCUACGUAGUCAGCUGAGCAGUGAACGUGAUUCAAUUCGCAACCUGGAAGGGUUGUUAUCCAACAACAGAGAAAAAGAAUUCCAGACACAGAUAGAAAACCAAGAGCAAAGAUCUGAUAUCCAACUAAUGAGAGACAAAUUAUCACUUUCUGACAGUAAAGUACAAAGUCAGACUCGUGAAAUUCAUAGUUUGAGAACACGUACUGCUCAGUUGGAAUCUGAGUUAGAGAGAAUCAGAAGACAAUUGACAAGUGAAAGAUUUGAAAGGGAGAGAGUUUCUCAGGAACUGCGCCGUGUUGGUCUUACACCCCCACCACUUGCAGAUACAUCUGGCAGACUAUCCCGUACAUCUUUACGUUCUGGAAGUCCUGACAGAUCUUACCGGUCACCAGACAGAUCCAUUCUGAGAUCCCCAGAUCGAUAUAGAUCCUCAUCGGCUGAUAGAAGUAGGGCCGAAUCACCAUACUUGAAACAAAGCAAUGUACUCAUGGAUGAUCAGUUUGAUCAGGAUGAUAUUGUUUCUGGUCUCCAUAAUUUGUCAUAUAGCGGGGUUGACAAACUUUCCAUUGAUGAAAAUAAAGACAGAUAUAUGGAGAAAAACAAUACGUCAUAUAAUUCAAUUUGAAGAAACAAAGACAUCGAAAACUGACAGAACGUAGCCAGUGACUAAUAGAAGAAAAUCAAAUCUGACAAUAGUGGUUAGAAAAUAGAUAGGAAACCAAAAUUUCGAAAAAAAAGACACUAAAUGUUUCCUUUUCUGUUUCCAAAUCACUGAUACUGGUGCUUAUUUUAUGAUACACUGUAUGUUCCUAACUGAAAUAAAAUAUUCUGUACAGAGAAUUUUAUGCAAGUAUUUUAUAGAUAAUUAUGGCUGAUUUCCACACAGUGCCAAUAUUGUAAUCACAUAUGUAUAUAAAUUGUAAAACAAAUUUGAUAUAAUUUAAAAAUGAAUAGUGUUUUGAAUAUUUUAUACUGAAUUGUUUGACAGUGUAAGCCCUUUACGUUCCAUGCCAGUGUACAUGUACUAUGUUUUUCAUUGUAAUUUUUCUAGUAUGUAAAUUUUUAUAUUCACUUGAUUUUUCUAAAGUCAUAUCUAGUAUACUAGUACACAGAAAUUUGCAUGUAUAUACACUUGUAGCCCUACACGAUCGGCAUCAGUUAUUGCAUGCUCGCUGACAAAUUCACUCAAUCACAAACUAGUUUUGUUCAAGAGAACUUGUUGGUGAGGAUGCAAAAAAUAUCGCUGAGCAUGUCAGGCUAAUUCACUUGUCAUUAUGUUUAAUUAUAUUCAAUCUUUUGUUGGCUUUAGAAGGGAGUCUUUGUGAAAGGUGAUGUCUCUUUCCAUGUGUUUUUUGUUUGCAAGUUUGCAGUUUAACAUUUUAACUCACAACAUUAAUAUAUUUUUAUAAAAGUAUUGACACAUAUUGAUGAGAAAACCACCUAGAUUGAAGUACCUUUUUCUUAAUUUUGUCACAAACUGAUCACUCAGUGUCGCAUUUAAAUUUUGGUAUUUAUUGAAAACUAAUGUUUGCUAAUUGUACAUAUUUGUGCUCAUCCAAGAAUUUGUGAAUACAUCUACCGAUAUCCUCUGUAUUUUUGUUAGCAUUCCCACUCAACCAAAUUCUGAUACUGCAAAGAAUUAGCCAGUGUUGAAGGAUGGGUCAUGUCUCUUUGUGUCCUUUUUCUGUAUUGAACUCUAGUCAUAGUGAUUUGCACAAAGCAAGAAAAAAACAUUGUUUACAGAAAAUUCAUACACAAGCUGUCCUUUAAUGAUGCUUCGUCGUUGCGGUGUGUGUGUUGAAAUUUCAUGUAAAUGACCGUGAUGCUAAAUGAAUUACGAUAAAAAUACAGUAUGGAUUAGUACAUGUUCUUACGAAGGUAAUUUCCUUGGUGACUGUGCAAUUGUACUGGAUUGUAAAUAUAUUUUAUGUCAUCUUGAAUUAAUGUGCAUUCUCAGACAAGCAGCGCAAAUAUUAAUUGCACUGGUAUACAAAAAGAAACUUCUCGCUUGGUUCAAUUCUUUGCAGGUUUGAUGUUUCAGGGGUAUCCCCCAAGUUUUAACUUCACUGUUUUUUGAAGGAUACAAUAGACUGUUUAACUUAACUUACUCAUCAGGUUUUAGUUAGGUGCAUUUAAGUUAUCAGUAAAAAUAAAAACUUCAAUAAAUAAGCCCGUAUACAGGUAUGCUCAGAUAUCUAGUGCCCUCUAUAGUCAAUUCUGUAAUAUUUAAGUCUGUAAUCAAAUUAUAUAUUAUGCACUCUUUAUGAAGUUCAACUGAAAUUUGAAUAAUAAAAAUCAUCAUUCACAGUAUUAUUUUUUUUAUUAUGUUUUCUACCUUGUACAUUAUAGUAG